UAACACGCGGAACUAAAGUGCGGUGGUAUGGAGUUCCGGUCGGAGCAGAGAGCGUGUGCACACAGCGUGGAUGGAGCAGAAAAACAUGGCGUGUGUGAAAAGUCAGCAGUGUUCAGUGUGGGUCGGAGCGGAGACGGGCAUCCUGAAGGGUGUGUGUGUGAGCAGGAAGCAGGUAUAUAAUUUUUGUGAGAUGCGCAACCUGAGCCGAGAUGAGGAGAUCUGCACCAUCACCUGGGGGGAUGAGCACGAAUCAGAGGUGUUGAUUGGGAGUGUAAACGGCAGAGUAAAGACUUUCAGUACAGAAAAGGGAAUAUUCACUGAGAGUCGAGAGUGUGCGGAUUUAACACACGGACGAUUUACUGGCCUUGCAGUCACUGACAGGUCGUUAAUAACGUGUGUUGAAUCUGGAUUGCUGAAGGUGUGGCCUGAAGCAGGCAAUGAAACAGUGGAAAUAAAUGUGGGGAGUGGAGUGUGCCGAAUGAGACAGAACUCUUCAGAGCGCCACCAUGUGGCCACAGGAGGAAAGGAGAACCCACUGAAAGUUUGGGAUCUGCAGAGACCGGACACGCCCAUCUUCACUGCCAAGAAUGUUGCUAAUGACUGGUUGGAUCUGCGUGUCCCUGUGUGGGUUAGAGAUAUGGCGUUCCUCACACAAUCCAACAAGAUCAUCACAUGCACAGGACAUCACCAGGUGCGUGUGUAUGACCCGUCGUGUCAGAGGAGGCCAGUGCUGGAGGCGGAGUUUGGGGAGGUUCCACUGACGGCGCUCUCGGUUCCACCUGGUGAGAACAGUGUGGUGGUGGGGAACACACACGGUCAGCUUGCCACCCUCGACCUGCGUAAAGGUCUUGUACGUGGGUGUAUGAAAGGCACGGCAGGCAGUGUGAGGGGGUUACAGUGUCACCCAUCAUUACCCCUCGUUGCCUCCUGCGGCCUUGACAGAUUCCUUCGCAUACACAACCUACAGGACAGAACAUUAAUACACAAGGUGUAUCUGAAGUCCCGGCUGAACUGUGUGUUGCUCUCCAGCAGAGAUCUCCAGCAGUCUGUGUCAGAAGAGGAAGAACAGCUGGGGGAGACAAAAACAGAAGAGGAUGAGGUCUGGGAUGCCAUGGAAACAGUGACGGAAAAGAGCAGCAAAAGAGCAGCACAAGAUGAGGAUGAGGUCCGAGAUGCACAGGAGAGAGACAAGAAGAAAAAGACAAAGAAGUGACAACAGUUUUAUCGCUAAUGGUUAUUUUGUGUGUCUUUAUGGGCUGGUUAAUAAGAUUAAACUCUCAGU